UAGAGUUUCGUUCUGCUGAGAAUAGAAGUAUGAGGUACGAAUGUCCCCCCCAAAUGACAUGAUCGAGACCCUCCUGUUAGGAUUCGAAAGCGCCACUACUCAUGGCUAGCAGCACGACCGUACAUAAAGACGGUUUGACGCGUUUAGCUCUUGUGUAAUGUAGUUUGAUGGCGCCGAUCGUAACGGGUAGUGAGGGGGGGGAGGGUUCCAAGUUGAAACAAUCGUCGAGUGACCCCCGCCCUCCCCCCACGCAUCGGAGCCGUGAGAGAGAUUGCAACAAGGAACGGAAAUGCCGCAGCAUCCGAAAAAAACCAAGCCAGGUUCCUGGAAACGCCCGGCGAGCCCACUCACCCCCCCCGAUAUGUGAUCCCCGCCCAAUCGCGCAUAUGCAUGGAACCUGGAGUCUUAAACCUGCCGAUCCACAUUGCACGUCAUAUGCAUCCAAAAGUUCCUGGAGAAGGACUUCGUCAUAGAUGUUGAGACUUGAUCUCCGUUUAUCAACAUUACUGAGUGGCUUCUUUGACUUCCCCCCCUGCACUUCCUGCUAAGAUAAGAUGCCGAACAAUGUGAUGC